CUCUGUGCUGUCAGGGCACGGCAGACUGACAGUAUGGCGGCGGGGUGCAGCUGGAAGGAUGCUACUGUCGCCCGUGAUGUCUCCGUCGCCGGCAGGACGUAAAUGGACUGUUGACGGCAUCAAGAGAAGAAGGAUUUAGCGAGAAAGGCCUGUCGCCGUGAGCUCCAAAGAUGGCCAGGCUCGCCGACUACUUUUUGGUGGUCGGUUACGAUCUCGACAAGCGAGUGGAGGGUGAAGGUCAAGGCCGCAUUCUCCAGCGGUUUCCUGAGAAAGACUGGGAGGACAGUCCGUUCCCACAAGGAGUAGAGCUGUUUUGUCAGCCGAGUGGUUGGCAGCUGGUUCCGGAGCGGCAGCCCGCCUCGUUCUUUGUGGCCGUUUUGACUGACAUCAAUUCAGAACGUCACUACUGUGCCUGCUUCACCUUCUGGGAGCGCCUGGAUAACCUUCUGCUACAAAAGAAUGAUGUCAGUGAGGUGGACGAGGAGCCGGGUGUCAUCCAACCUGCUGAGGUCUUUGCGCCCAAGAGUCUGGUGGUGGUGUCCAGGCUGGACUACACAGAGGUUUUCAGGAACUGUUUGGGUUUGGUCUACACUGUCCACAUAGACAGUCUGACUGUCCCUUUGGAGACUGUGAUCGGGAAUCUCCUCACAUGCAUCAUCCCUAUUGCUGGUGGCUCCCAGAUAAAUGAGGCUUCAGAUUAUAGUUUAGACCAGGUCCCUCAGGUUGCAGCCUGUGACUGGCUGCUUGCCUGUCUCCAGCCGGGCCAGGAGGAAAGAGAGGAAAGUUUGAGGACAAUAACGCUAGGCGCUGGCGACCGGCAAGUCAUCCAGACUCCCAUCAAUGAUUCACUACCUGUCAGUGGCAGCAGCGUGGCACAGCUCUUCAGACAGCUCGGUAUAGUCAACGUUCUAUAUCUCUUCUGUGCGGCCCUAACGGAACACAAGAUCCUGUUCCUGUCUAGCAGCUAUCAGCGGCUAACAGAUGCAUGCAGGGGCUUGUUGUCCAUCAUGUUCCCCCUAAAAUACAGCUUUACAUAUGUCCCCAUCUUACCUGGGAAACUCCUGGAGGUCCUGAGCACUCCAACACCUUUCAUCAUCGGUGUGAACUCAUUCUUCCGAUCUGAGACUCAAGAAUUGUUGGAUGUGAUCAUUGCUGACCUUGAUGGGGGUACUGUGACCAUCCCAGAGUGCGUCCACAUCUCCCUGCUUCCUGAACCCCUCCUCCAGCAGACCCAGACUGCACUAUCCAUGGUUUUGGAUCCAGAGCUGGAAGUGGCUGAUCAUGCAUUCCCUCCUCAGUCUACACAGCCGUCUGCACCGAAGAUCCAGGAUAAGGAGAUCCGGGCAGUAUUCCUCUGGCUCUUUGCUCAGCUCUUCCAAGGCUAUCGAUGGUGUUUACAUAUCAUCCGCAUUCACCCAGAACCAGUAAUCCGCUUCCACAAGGCUGCCUUCCUUGGCCAGCGGGCGCUAACCGAAGACGACUUCCUCAUGAAGGUGUUGGACGGGAUGGCAUUCGCAGGCUUCGUGUCAGAAAGAGGACCGCCGUACAGACCCACAGAUUUGUUUGAUGAUCUUGUGGCCAAUCAAGUGGAGAGAAUACGACAUGAAGAGUCACAUCCGCACAAAGUCAUGAACCACGUGAAAGAACUAGCUGAGCAUCUCUUCAAAAACGAAAAUCCUUACCCAGCUGUGGCCAUGCACAAAGUCCAGCGACCAUCCGAAAACGGCACAAACUCUGUACAGAACCAGUCGACCUUCCCUGCCCUGGAUGACGUUGCAGUCCAGCUCUUUAUCGAUCAUGCUGCUGCCAAACUCAAGACGGCGCCACCUGUUGUCAAGUCAGAGGUGAAGAGCAUGGUGCCUUCAGGUCCCCCCCUGGGAGACAUAGUGGACAGGAACGGCAACAUGAUGGCCAACAGCGCCCGCAGGCUGGAGGUGGUCCGGAACUGCAUCACCUACAUCUUUGAGAACAAGAUGUUGGAGGCCAAGAAGCUCAUGCCAGCUGUCUUGCGAGCCCUGAAGGGUCGGGCCGCUCGGGUUUGUUUGACCCAAGAGCUCAAUCAACAUGUCCUGCAGAACAGAGCCGUGCUGGAUGACCAGCAGUUCGACUACAUCGUUCGCAUGAUGAACUGCACGUUACAGGAUUGCUCCCACAUGGAUGAGCAUGGGAUUGCUGCUGCUCUGCUCCCAUUGGUCACAGCCUUUUGCAGGAAACUAGGGGCAGGUAUCACACAGUUUGCCUACAGCUGUGUUCAAGAACACAUGGUCUGGACCAACAUGCAGUUCUGGGAAGCCAUGUUCUACAGCGAUGUCCAGAACCACAUCAAAGCCCUUUACUUGGAGACAGAGGAUGGGUCGCAACAGAACUCGGACGAAGGGUCGAGCGUCAGCGCCCUGGAGCUGGCGUCCGAGCAGAGCCGUCUGUGGCCAACGCUGGAUAAAGAGAUGCAGAUGGAGCGGGUCCAGAAAGAGGAGAGCACGGUCUUCAGCCAGGCCAUCCACUACGCCAACAGAAUGAGCUACCUGCUGCUCCCGCUGGACACGAGCAAGAACCGGCUGCUCCGGAACACGGGCCUCGGAGAUAUCGAGAGCGUUAGCAACAGCUAUGUAACAAAUAGCAUCGCAGGCAGCAUGGCCGAGAGCUACGACACAGAGAGUGGUUUCGAAGACGCUGAGAGUUCUGAUGUUGCAAACUCAGUUGUGAGAUUCAUCAACCGCUUUGUGGACAAAGUGUGUAAUGAGAGUGGCGUCACCAACGAGCACCUGAAGGCUCUGCACACCAUGAUACCUGACAUUGUUCAGAUGCACAUCGAGACGCUGGACGCAGUGCACCGGGAGAGUAAGCGUCUGCCGCCGAUUCAAAAGCCGAAGCUGCUGAGGCCGACACUGCUGUCUGGGGAAGAACUGGUGAUGGAUGGCAUGAGAGUCCACUUGAUGCCGGAUGGCCGGGAAGAAGCGACAGGGGUGAUGGGAGGUCCGCCACUGCUGCCUGCUGAGGGCGCUAUCUUCCUCACCACGUACAGGCUCAUUUUCAAGGGCACGCCCACCGAUCCGCUGGUCGGCGAGCAGGUAGUCACACGUUCGUUCCCCAUCGCCUCGCUGACCAAGGAGAAGAGGAUCUCGGUCUCUAUCCCUAUGGACCAGUAUGUCCAGGAGGGGUUGCAGCUUCGGUCGUGCACGUUUCAGUUGAUGAAGAUCGCGUUUGACGAGGAGGUGGCGUCGGACCUGGCCGAAGUCUUCAGGAAGCACUUGCACAAGUUACGAUACCCUCAACAUGUGCAGGGGACUUUUGCCUUCACUGUGGGUCAGAGCGGGAAGAUGGUGGUGGAGCACAAGGGCAAGGACAAGAACCAGUCGCUUAAAACACUUUCCAAAAACCUGGUGAAAACGGCUAAGAGGACGAUCAGUCGGCAGUAUGUGUCAAAGAAGAAGUAUUCUCCUCCCACGUGGGAGAACAGGAGCAGCCUGCAGUCGGAGUUGGACGAGGAUGAAAUCUCAGUGUCGGAGGAGGUGGAGCAGAGCUCUCUCACCCUCUCCUCCACCAUGCGCUCCUCAGACAGACAAACCAUGAGCAACGUGGUGGAGCGAGCUUGUUGCCGUGACUACCAGCGACUUGGUCUGGGCACGCUCAGUAGCAGUCUGACCCGCUCCAAGAACGAGCCCUUUAGGAUUUCAACCGUCAACCGCAUGUACACAGUCUGCAGGAGCUACCCCGGCUUGCUGAUCGUCCCUCAAAGCAUCCCAGACUCAACCAUCCAGAGAAUUUGCCGCUGCUAUCGACAGAACCGCUUCCCCGUAGUCUGCUGGAGGAACUCUCGGACCAAGGCGGUUCUGCUGCGCUCGGCGGGCCUACAUGCGAAAGGAGUAGUGGGCUUCUUCAAGUCCCCCAACACACCUGCUGCAGUUCAAUCCCAGGCUGACUCCACCAGUCUGGAGCAGGAGAAGUACCUGCAGGCCGUCAUCAGCUCCAUGCCGUCCUACAGCGAGAGCAGUGGCAGGAACACCCUGGGAGGUUUCACCUCCACACACAUGAACACCUCUGACUCGUCGGAUAAGAUGCGGCAGCCGAAGAUUGGCGCUCUGAUGAAGCAGGUGAUGGGGACCAAGGAGGAUGUUCCGGGGACCUUCAGCCGAGGAGCUCUGGGUCAAAGGGCCAAAGUGGUCUCCCUCUCACAGCCCAAAGUGUCUGGCAAGGCCAGGAACUCUCCCAGAGGGAAAUGGGGCAGCAUUCGAGGCAGCGGGCGACUUAGUGCCUACAACCCAGACGUGGGGACCAGACUGGCUGGGAAGGAGUCUCCGCAGCCUAACGGAGGACCCAGUGAAGCGCUGUUCCUCCGCCAGCAGAAGGCCUACCUCUACAUCAUCGGGGACAAGGCCCAGCUCAAGGGGGGGAAGCAGGACUCCUUCCAGCAGUGGGAGGUCGUGCCCAUCGAGGUGUGUGACGUGCGGCAGGUGAAGAACAGCUUCAAGAAGUUGAUGAAGGCCUGCGUGCCAAGUUCUGCCACCUCUGAGCCCAACAUGAGUUUCCUGCGUUGCCUGGAGGAGUCUGAGUGGAUGGCGCUGCUUCACCGAGUGCUGCAGGUGUCCGUCUUGGUGGUGGAGCUCCUGGACACGGGCUCGUCCGUCAUGGUCAGUCUGGAGGACGGCUGGGACGUCACUACACAGGUGGUGUCGCUGGUCCAGCUGCUCUCUGACCCCUACUAUCGCACCUUCGACGGCUUCCGGCUGCUUGUGGAGAAGGAGUGGCUGUCGUUCGGUCACAGGUUCAGCCACCGGGGAGCGCAGACGCUAGGCAGCCAGAGCAGCGGCUUUACUCCCGUCUUCCUGCAGUUCUUGGACUGUGUGCAUCAAAUCCAUCUCCAGUUCCCCAUGGAGUUUGAGUUCAGUCAGUACUACCUGAAGUUCUUGGCCUACCAUUACGUGUCCAACCGCUUCCGCACCUUCUUGCUGGACUCUGACUACGAGCGCAUUGAACUUGGAGUGUUGUAUGAGGAGAAAGGAGACAGGAGGAAUCCUCAGGUGUGCAAGUCAGUGUGGGACUACAUCGACCGACUCAACAAGAAAACACCCGCUUUCUACAACUACAUGUAUUCACCUGAGGACGACGAGGUCCUGCGGCCGUACACGUUCAUCUCCAACCUGAAAGUAUGGGACUUCUACAUGGAGGAGACACUCUCAGAAGGACCUUCCUACGACUGGGAGCUGCGGGGGCGGCCGGAGCGGCCGGUGGAGGAGGCAGCAGCCAACAAACCCGACUCCAGCGGGCCCAAGUCCCGGCGGCGGGUGGUGUGGCCGUGCUACGACAGUCUGAGCAAGGCGGUUCCGGACGCCAUCACGAAGCUGCUCCAGGAUCUUCAGAACCUGGAGGCUGAGCUGGGCCAGACCUCGGACAAGUGGAAGGACACCUGGGACAAGAUGAAGACCAUCCAGAGAGCUGAGGCCCGGCUGGAGAGCAAGCCUUCGUUCUCCAGCUCGCUGCUGAUGUCGUCCAACCUGAGCCACCACCGACGCUCUCAGGGGGUUUACCUGCAGGAGAGCGGCGUGGGCUCCUCCAUCAACCUGGCUCUGGACUGUGAGGCCAGCGCCACCUCCACACCCGUCGCCGGCCGGCCCAGCACCAGCACCCUCUACAGCCAGUUCCAGAGCACCGAGAGCGAGAACAGGAGCUUCGAGGGCAUCCUGUACAAGAAGGGGGCGCUGCUGAAACCCUGGAAGCCUCGCUGGUUCGUCCUGGACAAGACCAAACAUCAGCUGCGCUACUACGAGAGUCGGCAGGACAAAGAGUGCAAAGGUGUGAUCGAGCUGGCCGAGGUGGAGUCGGUCAUUCAGGGAACGCCGGCCAUGGGGGCGCCCAAGAACAUCGACGAGAAGGCCUUCUUCGAUCUCAAGACGACGAAGCGAGUGUACAACUUCUGUGCUCAGGACAGUUCCAACGCACAACAGUGGAUGGACAAAGUUCAGAGCUGCCUGUCGGACGCUUGAACAGCAGGGGGCGCUCUCUUCCGUGGACCGUCGCAGCAGCGAGCAGGAAAGAGCCUCCCACCCGGACUAACAUUCCUGUGUCGCGAAAUUUUGAUACAAAAGUUAAAAAAAAGAAAAAAAAAAACCAACCCUCUGUUAAGAACCACUAGCUGCUGGAGAGAGGAGUGUGCGGGUUGAGCAGCGCCAUCCUCCUUCCUGAGCCUCCGCCAUGACACCGGCCUCCUCAUACUAACCUUCGCCAACACUCCAGGGAGGAAUGACGGAGGAGCUGGCCGCCUGGCUGGUCACAUGACCUUUUUUACAGAAUCUCCAUGGUUCAUGAAGGAUUUUCAUUUCCCCAAAUUCUCCAGUCCGGUGAGAGCGUUUUGUGAGGAGAUACUGUGAAUGGAGAGAGAGAGAGAGAGCAGCGUGUUUACGAAAACCUCCCUGUGGAAAUCCUGGCCGCCGCGUUUGGACUCAACAAACCACUAAGAACUCGGAUUUGAAGGGAACGACUGACGAAAGGAGGGAUGCCAAUGGCUGUAUUAUGGGAUGCCUCACGGAGACUACAGUGUUAAAGAUGUCGCCCCCUCGACUUGUUUUGUUCAAGGAAAGUUCUCCUGUUGAGGCAAUCGUGUCCUUUCUGACUUAGAGAAACGGCUUUGUUCCUCUGGCCGGAGCCAGUCAGCAGCAAGGAUGUGCUGGAUCGACUCACCGGUCUCAUCAUCCUGCUGCCACCUGUCAGUCAGCUGCGGCUAUCACUCAAUUCUUCUAUUUGCACCACAUGAUGUCGCCACUGAGACGCAGCUCUGCCGAGUGAGUGUCAGGCUUCACACUUUCUUAUCAGACAUCGAUUCUCGUUGGUGGUAUUUUAGUCCAGCUCGGAAGAGAUUAUACACUGGUGAUGAAGCGACCGCUCUGUUGAGCUGCCACUAGGUGUCGCCUUCUCAAACGUAUGAGACCCAGAUUUGAAAAACGGAUUCCCCGUGAUGCGCAUCCUCUCAGGGCUUCUCUGAAUGUUGGCUCCAAACGUGAUCGGAACCCGAGCCACUAGGUGUCAGUGUCACUGUGUCAGAACUUUGUUUUGUUUUAAUGUUUACAUUUUAAAGGUGGAACGUAUAUCGAGGCUAGCAAACAACAGACUAGGUGUCUGUCACCCACAACCUGUAUGUGUCGCCGUUUCAGUCAGAACAGACACGAUUCCUCAAUGGGCGGAGCAUUUCCGGAUUCUUCCUUCAACGAAACAAACCGUCAGGAGCGUGUCAGGAGUCAUUGCCGCCUGUUUGCCACUUGAGUUGCGUCAUAUCCCCCCCACUCUUCACGGACACGCCCACUCUGUAAAAUACACCCCAACUGCUGUUGAACAGAUUUUUUCUUUUUUUUUUUUACUGUAGAUUUUUUUUUUGCAUCUAACUUCUUGUAUAUACGACUCCAGAUUUGUAUGUAACGUUGAUGCUAGUAAUUUAUUUAACUUGUGUCCUCAAGCAACUUUAUUUUUAAAAAUUAGAACAUCUAUGUGCCAUUUGUUCAGUUCUGUAUUAAUGUGACUAAUGCUUUUUUAUUUUGUCCAUGAAACCCUCAAUGUUCUUUUUUUUUUUUUUUUUU